GGGCUUGUGAAUGUUGACAUCACAGUGAGCACUAGCAAGCUGAAUGAAACCAAACAGUUUUACACCAAGUUCUUGAAAUUUCAAGUGGUGAAGGAAACCCCAGGAUUUAUCUCCUUUUCGCCUGGACCAGGUUGUGGAAAAAUCUCUACUUUUAAUACUACUUACAGUGCUUAGCUAAGAUUUUUAUCAGACUGGCUGUAAUAAAGGCCAAGGUCACAAAAUUAUAAACAGAGGUAACACAGAUGAGAAAUUGUCGUGUUGAAUAAUUGCAGCUCGUUAAGAAAAUAUCUACUUAUUCGUGUUUCAAAAAACAGAAAGAUUUUGCUCAAUACUUGCACGUUUGAUCGGCCCGGCUUACUCUAAGCAGAAUUUCACCAUCAAUAUCAAACUGAACUAAGGCAUACACACAGAAGAAUGGUUAUGAAAACCACAUAAAACGUACUUUCGGUCCUUAAACCAGAAUUUUAAUGGUGACACCUUUUUUCAAUGGUCAAUUUUAAAUAUAUUGACUGACCAUCUUGAUAAUAAACAGUUAAAUUUGCGUUUUUUGGUUUUGCUACGCGCCUCACAGAUCAAUCGUGUGCGAUCCACUCAUUUGCCAAUCUUCUUUCAUUACAGGUGUGGCUUAUCUUGACUUUGUCGUGGAGGGUGCAGAACAUGCAUGCGCUAGACCUCAGCUGGCCAAAAAUUUCGCGGGCAAAGGCAUGUUCCUUACUUACAAUCUGGGAGAUGUGGAUGCUGCGUGCGCGGCGUUUACACAGGCAGGUUAUCCAUUGGCAAUGCCAAUUAAAACUGAGACCUGGUUUGAACGUCACUGCUACGUCAUAGAUCCAAAUGGGAUACCGUUGAAUUUGGCCCAUUGGAAUCACACUCCAGCCGAGCCUACAGGUAAAAAGUAUCCAUUGAAGGCUACAAGAUAAUAGUCUCUUACUUCUAUGCUCUUACGAGAGAUGCACUGCAAAGCGCCGAUCCUUGCGUCAUCAUUUAUUUAAUCACUUUUUAGAGCCUUACUGCCGCCCAGGUUCUGUUUUACGUCACAUUUUUCUUGUAGACUAGCGUUGAUGGGAAAAUGACUGUUCUGCAUUUGAACACUAGCGCACAUCUCGUAUGAAAUCGAAUCUUGUUUACGAACUUGAAGCGGAGGUAGACAUAUCUACAAAAAAUUGCUGCGCAGUAGUCUAAAUCGUAAAUUGUAUAUAGUUGCCAGUUUGAGAUAUCCUUACAAAUGAACAGACGGAAGAGCCUGUGGAAUAUCACAAGGGUUGUACAGUUGUCAAUUGAUUGUGUCGUUAAACUUAACUUAAACAGGAGCCCAUGUUACGGCUGCUAAUCAAAACCGAAGAGAUUUAUUUAGCGGACAAAAAUAGACUGCUUAAGAGGAGGAAGAUAAACAGAAUUAAUCAGAAGGCAUGAGGGCGCGUCAUGAUAGCCUCUAACUCUGAUUGGCUAAUGAAAAAGCUUGGCAAGGGAGACCGUUUACUUCAGUCUUUUCUUUGUUAAUAACAGGUGUCAGCAGUAUGGCAUUUUAUUACACCUCGCAUGACUUGCUAGAGAUACAAAAUUGGUACAGCAAUAACUUGAACAUGACCGUGGAAAGAGGAGUGGACUGGAUUGGAUGGGUGAUAACGCUGAUCGCCGCAAAUGGCACUGUGGAGUUUCGGCCAUUCCAUCCACGAAACAUGACCUACAACCCAGCCUCCUUCAUUCCUCAUUUGCUGGAAGAGUUUGACGGACACGGCCUGUCUUACACCUUCAACUUUAAUACUUCACUUGAGGUCGACAGGUACGCUUGUCUAUAAAGACAUUAGACUUUGUUUUACGCUUUAGCUUGUGCAAUAUAUGAUGUUAGAAUUAAGAUCUCAAUGCACGCGAGCACUGGAUUAGAAUAGUCAGUCAAGCACGUGUUUUGUAUAGGAUUUCAGGAGUAUAGUUUUGAAAGACACUCAUCUCGAUAAUGGACAUCUAGAAAAAUGCUUUUUAACUGAGUGUAAGACAAGUUGUGCGAGGCUUUUUAGAUUUCUCUCGGAUUAGCUCAUAUGUCGUGUACUUCGGAAGUUUUCACUCUGUUUACCAGGGUUCUUACUCUCAUUAAGAGAUUUUACUCACAGAUUUCGGUCUGGAAUUUUUUUUGGAUUCCCUUCACACCAACAUAUGAGGAAUAUUAAAUUUUUCUCAUUCAUUAAUAGAGUAGCUUGCAAAGCAGGCGUAUUUUGCAGUGCCCUCGUCCUUGCCCGCCCCUCCUACCUUAGUUUUCCAGUUGCUUUUAUGAUGGCGGCCAUGAUCACUGUACCUCUAGGUCGCGCUUUCGUUCGUUAAAAAAAAAAAACGCCUGCUUUGCAGCCUAUUAAUAGGGCGGAAAAUUUACUACCUGUACUGUUUUAUCACGCAUUGCACUUGCGUCUGAUUGGUUCUUUGGUGCUUCGUCGCUAACUGUAUUUAGCUAAGCUAAUCACUUUGGGUUGGGUUUUACAACAUUUUCGAUCUUUAACACCCUAUUACUGGUAGUAAUCUGACCGUAUUUUGGGUGGUCGUUGGCUUAGCAGGAGAGAUUCGUUGUACAUCAAUAUCAGGUAAUCAUAAUCAAUCAAAAAACAAAACCUUCUUUUAUCGAUCUCUGUUCGUCUCUAGAUGGUGCCAGUUCCUGCAAGAUCGCAAUCUAACCUGGACACGCCCGCUAGGCUGGGUGGGAGGCAGCAGGCGCUGUGCGGUGGACGAUCCCAACGGUGUGCUUAUUAACAUCGCCACACCCGGGUGGAAUGAGUAUGAAGAGGAGGUUAACUGCUCCCAACUAUUCCCUAACGAAUCCUCGUCCACUCCACCCUUUUCUAACGCAACCUCGUCCCCUGGGAAUAAGGGUGACCCUAAGGGUGAGGGGGAAAUACAACGAGGGUGUGUUAUUACCUUGAUUACAGCUCUCGUGCUAUCGCUGUUAUUUCCUCUGUAG